AUGACCGACUACAUCAAGCUUGUGGGCUCAUUCCCAAAUUGGGCGAAGGAAUUGAGGGAGACGAAAUCUAGCAAGCUGCAGCGACCACAAGCAGUGUCACUUCUGCCUGUAUCCCAUGGUGCGAUAAGCGAUUUCUCAUGGCUUGCUCAGAGAGGAGCUUCGGAGUUGCUCGGGUGCCCCCCUCCUCUGUACAUGAUGAGUGGUUUGAGAAGAUCAAUAGAGGGCAUACAUGAUUAUUGGCAUGGGAAGAUGUACACUUUACUCUCACAGCCUCAGGGGAUGGCACAAUGUAUACAGGAUGAAUUGGAAUUCAAUAUCUCAAAUAUACCAAUCCUUCCUGAUGGAAACCAUACACCUUUAGACGAUGAUACGAAAUAUACCAAUGCCGUCCUUCGUGUAUUGAUCACCAAUUUCAACUGUUACGUUUAUGCAGUAGAAAUGAAAGAUGCAAUGGAUCGAAUACAGGCUUUAGAUCUUGAAAUUAGACAAUCAGGUGGAAGGGAAGUAGGAAGAGAGAUUGAGUGGAUAAGACAAUUAGCUGGAUUAUUGGUUGAAGAAAGUAAAUUGUCUUUGAGGUUAUUUUGGGCUUCUGGACCAGGAAAAGAACUGGUUAAAAUGAGCUUGGAUAAACCGGUACAUGAAUCUGCCAAUAUCACUAAAGAUAUUCGUUUUCUUUUGAAUAAGCCUUUGGAUCAAGUGGAAGUGGAAAAUGCUUUCGAUGCUGCUUUUGCUGGAUUUUGUUUGAAUCCAGAUGAAAGAGGCAUCAAAUAUGGAGAUUCAGAGUUCACGCAGAUGCUGGCCAUGGAACAAGCUGCUUCGCUCGAGGACGAGAAUCUGUAUAAGAAAUAUUCCUAUGCCAUACAGAUGGCUACAGGUGAAUAUGGAUUAGCACUCGAGCUCCAAUCGGAACUACCUCCAAUUACUUCACCUUCAGUUGAACCUCACCAACCCAAAACGUUCUUAGUCCGUCUAAAUAUCUCACAAUCAGCAUCUGCUCAAAUCUGCACUGCAUUACCGUUCGUUACAGCGAUGUGCAAUCGACAAUAUGCAAUUGACAAUUCCAUCCAAUUAUGGGAAACACACAAAGAGAUUCAAGGUAUUUUCGCUAGAGAUUUGAAAUUACCAGAAGAUGUGAUUGGGAAAUUAUUUCCUUGUAUGUCUGAACCUCAAGAUUUGGCAAGAUGGAUACCUGAGAAUGAAAAUGGUGAACCCUUGGAUAAAGGGAAAGGGAAAUCAGUUGAAAAGGGAAACAGGGAUAAGUUUGUCGUAAACAGGAAAGAAUAUAGGAUUUGGAAAAAGAUGUUUGAAGGUGAUGAUGAGAUAGUCACAACAAAGGAGAUCAGAGAUCUGUAUCGUUCUAUUGGUUUCACUGUCGAAAAUCUAGGAGGGUCUUACAAUCGGUUUGCCCCACCCAACAAUGCAGGAACACCAUUCAUCAUUCGUAUACCUGUUUACGACACUUAUCAUGGCGAAGGACCAUAUCCCAUAACCUUGGAUCCUAUAGGAUUUAAUAUGAAAUUCACUUAUGGAUGGGAUCUCGAUUGGUUCACUGUCAAUCAAGAGGAAGGCGAGAUCGACGAAGACGACGACGAAGAUAUGGAAGAAGAAGAAGAUGGGUGUAGAAAAGGGAAGUAUAUCUUCGAUUUGACUUCGAGAGAUCUUUUGAUACGUGAACCCGGUUCGCGUUCUCACUGUCAUUGA